AUGAGCCCCGCCGCCUCCGGCGGCAUGACCCCGCGCAUGAGCGAGACGGUGUGGCUGGCGCCGGCCAUGUCCUCCCUGUCCAGCUGGCUGUCCCCCGCCAGCUCUGGCACGACCUCGCUGGACCGCUGGGGCUCGCGCCAGUCCGGCGAGGUGCUGGCCCCCUCCCUGCCCUUGCGGUGCGCCCUGGUCAGCAAGGUGGGCACCUACCCCAACAAGCCGGACCGCGAGAACGAGGACUCCGGGGCGUGCAUGGACCUGACGGGGCACCCGGGGGUCUGGGUGUUUGGCGUCUUCGACGGCCACGGGCCGCAGGGCGCCGAGUGCUCCCGCCUUGCGCUGGAGAAGGUAACCCAGCGGCUGCCCGUGCAGCUGCACAAGACGCACAGCGACGUGGGCAAGGCACUGACGCAGGCGCUGAUCGAGGCCGACUCGUCCCUGCACCGCCACAAAACGCGGACCACGCUGAGCGGGACCACCGCGCUGAUGGGCGUGGUCAGCGGCGCCACGCUGACCGAGCACGAGCGCGUGACGCGGGCGGGGGCGGUGAUCCUCACCGUGGACCAGCUGGAGGGCAUCAAGGACAAGAGCCUGCAGUGCUGGGGGCCGGAGUUCGACGGCGAUGGCGAUCCGCCCCGCGUCUGGGCGCCCAACGCCGACUGGCCAGGCACCGCCUUCACGCGCUCCCUGGGGGACAGGGUUGCCAAGCGGCUGGGCGUGAUCUGCGUCCCGGAGAUCACCACGGUCGAGAUCAAUCCCGCCACCACGCCCUUCCUCAUCAUGGCCUCGGACGGCAUCUGGGAGUUCAUCUCCCCACAGGCAGCGGUGGACCUGGUGGCACAGUACACCGACCCGCUGGAGGCUGCGGAGAAGCUGGUGGAGCAGGCGUACAACACGUGGCUUGCCAACGAGCCCCGCAGCGACGACAUCACCGUCAUCAUCGUGGCGUUUGACGAGGCAGCGUGA